AUGGAGAUUUUAUCACCAAGUUCUUAUUUUUCUAAUUCAACUUGGUUGCUUGAGGAGAGCAGAAGCACAAAAUGGACUCCUGCUGAAAACAAGGCCUUUGAGAAUGCUCUUGCACUACACGAUAAGGAUACGCCCGAUAGAUGGCAAAAAGUCGCGGAAAUGGUUCCAGGGAAGACUGUGGGGGAUGUUAUUAGGCAAUACAAGGUGUUGGAAGAUGAUGUUAGUAGUAUAGAGGCAGGGCUAAUUCCAAUUCCUGGAUAUAGCACGUCGUUGCCUUUUACACUCGAAUGGGGUGGCGGCCGUGGAUUUGAUGGAUUCGACCAUGCUUAUGUUGCGGGGGGAAAGAGAUCCUCAUCAAGUAGGCCUAAUGAACAAGAAAGGAAAAAGGGUGUUCCAUGGACAGAAGAGGAGCACAGGUUGUUUCUGAUGGGGCUUAAAAAAUACGGAAAAGGGGAUUGGAGAAAUAUCUCGCGCAAUUUCGUGAUUACUAGAACACCAACACAAGUUGCUAGCCAUGCUCAGAAGUACUUCAUUAGGCAACUCUCCGGAGGAAAAGAUAAGAGAAGAGCAAGCAUUCACGAUAUAACAACGGUCAAUCUAAAUGAGAAUCAAAACCCGACAUCGGAGAACAAAAAACCACCUUCGCCUGAGCAGUCUACCGUUCUUCCACAGCAGUCGAAUUCUGCAGCAAUCCAUAAACUUCCUUUCCACUGGAAUCAAUCAUCCAAUGAUGCAGUCAUGUAUGGAUUUCAAGCAGGAGGAGGCCUAGGAAAUAUGUUUUCUCCUCCCCAUGGCAUAAAUUCUUAUGGACAUAAAAUGCAGGCUCAACAUUUGCAAAGAGGUGGUAUGCAUGAAUCAUUAUUGGGAUCUCAAAACAGGGUGUUUCAGAUUCAAUCAGGGCAUUAUUUUCCUCAUGCUUGA